AUAAUUUUUUUUUCUUUUUUGAAUAAUCAAACAGCAAAUAAAUAUUUUACUUUCAUUAUUUUUCAAAAAAAUUAUAUGAAAACCAAAACAUUUAAAUAUUUUACUUUGCAAAUUAUACUAAAAUAAGAAACUUUUUUAAAAUCGAUUUUUUUUUAACAAAUUAUUUAAAAAAAGCAUUCAAAAUGGUCAAAUUAAGUUAUUAUUUUCCAGUGUCUAGUGAUUCAAUUUCUUUAAAAAAACAAUUGUUAGAAAGUGGUGUUCUUGAUAUUACUAAUGAGACAAUGUAUCGCAUGGCGCCGGAAGCCGUGGACCCAUCAAUACUAAGUCGAGGAUCAUUAUCGCACAGGCGUUACACACGAUCUGCUCUAAUGAUGCUACGAGACGACAAACUAUCAAAAGAAAUACCAAAUUGUAUAAAAAACUCUUCACACUUAUUAAAAUUCCCUUUUUGGAAAUUGGAUAAUAAAAUUCAUAAUACUUCCGAAGAAUUAAGAAUGAAAACAACAAGAUUAAGUAAUGAUAAUAAUCCUUACAUUGCAAAAUACCGUCAACAUAACAACAAUAGCAACAAUAAUAUUAAUAUUAAACAUAAUAACAAUAUCAAUUUAAAUAAUGAAAAUAACAACUAUAUUAAUAAUAAUGAUUACUUCAAUUAUAAUAGUAAAAAUGUUUAUAAUACUUACAGCAACAGAAAUUUUUCUAGUUAUAAUUAUAAUAGUAAUAGCAAUAACAAUAAUAAUUUUGGUAAUCAAAGUAGCACUCGACAUUUCUUGCAUAAAAAUCAUAAAUUUUCUAACAGAAGUUUAGUCAGUAAUGAAUCUGAAAAUAUUCAAUUAAAAUUUGACUGUCAUGAAGGUAGAUUUAUUGAAAAAUACGAUUGCGAAAGUUCUGUAAAACGCAAAGACCACUCUUCCGGAAAUUCAGAACAAAAAAAUAGUCAAUAUUCGUAUAUGAUACCGAAUUUUAUUAAAAAUAACUACGACAGGAUAAACAAACGUAAAUCAGAUGAGUCAAUAAUGCAAAACGGGUGUGAUAAUAAUAAUGAAAAUUUCACUACGGGUAAUAAAUCUUAUAAUGUGGACAUAAAUUUAGGUGUUUUUUCGGAUGUCUCAAGAAGAAAUGAUAAUGAACAUAAAGUUGAUUGCAAUGAAGAAAUGUUUUCAACUACAAAAACACAUUCGUAUAAUGGAAAGCACAACGAAAAUCAACGUUAUGGUAGUGGCCGAAUAUCAUUGCCAAAUAAAAAUUGGAACUAUACGACCAACAAUAUUGAUACGGAUUCAUUAAAUGAUAUGAACAAUAAGUUUGGAAAACUUUUAGAUAACAAUAAUAGUUGGACUGAUAAUAAAAGUAAUAAUAAUAAUAAUAUUCAUAAAUACAAUCGUUAUAACUAUAAUGAAAGUGAUUAUAAUAAUAUUAGUUCUAAUAAUAUUACCGACAAAAUUAAUCAAACAAAUUUAAUAAAUCGCUACAACCAAAAUCAUCACUAUAAAAUUAACGCAAAUAAUCAUAACUACAGUCGCUAUAGAAAAGAAAGUUUUUCUUCAUCGAAUCAUUCUUGUAACAGUGAAGAACCAGAAUGGCUUAAUUGCGGUCCAAUUUCACAAAAUGAUAUUAUUGAAUUAAAAGGUUUUGAUGAUGAUCCGGCAAGCGAUAAAGAAGAUGACAAUUGUGAAACAAAUCAGAAAAUUAAAAAGAUAGCAUUAGAAAAUGAAAAGAAAGAAGAUAAUUUUGAAAUGCAUAAAUUUUCUGAGGGUAAUUGUAGCACAAUUGAAAAUAGAACAAAAAAUCAUGUCAGCUUAACAUCCACGACAUUAAAAUCUGCCUGUAAUGAUGAAGUUCAAUCCGUUUGCACUAGUACAGCACAAUCGCCCCCUCCAGCUAGAAGUACACCAACAAAACUUCUAAAUUUAUAUUCAAAUAAUAAUAAUAAAAAAUGGAACCGUCAAAAUAAUUCAAGUUCAAGCAAUGCUACAAAUGACCAUAAUAAGAAAAAUUAUUAUUCAUUACAAUUUAGUUUUGACAACUUCUUGGAUUAUGAUACCCUUAAUAAUAUGUUUGGGGGAAAUUCUAAAUCUAGAUCAAAUCAUUGGUUUAAAAAUCAUCACAAUGGUUCAUUUAAUAAUGAUACGAGACAUAAACAAAAUUAUACAGUAUUUGAAAAAAAAAAUCACAGACAACAUGAACAGUUCCCAAAGAAUGUAAUUAAUGUGAAGGAUUUGGAAGAUCAAAUGCGAAAAAUUGGAUAUUACAGAAAUUUUCAACAUCAAGGCAAUGAUAUUAAAACUGGAAUACUACAUCAAAAUUUGCCAAAUUUCGGUAGUAUAAAUCAAAAUAAGAAGCAACCUGAAUCACCAAUAAAACCAUCUGUUAACGCUUUUACUCAAUGUGCUUAUCAGCAAAUGUUAGCACAAGCUAAUUUAAUAGUAAAACAAACACAAGAUCCAGAAGCCUUUAGACAAUUUUUAGAGCAAAUAAAUUCAGUUAAUCAGCUUGCUGCUUUGUCACAAGUUUCUAAACCCUUUUUAAAUUUUCAACCUUUUAUGUUAAAUAAUAACGGAGGAGUUCAAAAAAGAAUGCCAUCUGCUCAAGAAUUAGAAUGUCAUACAAGAAAUAUUGUGCAAAACGCUUUGUUUCGAAAACAUUUACAGGAACAACAGAAACUUCGUUUACAGGAAUUAAUUUCAUUACAAUCAAAUAUAAAUCCAAAUGCACCUGAAUUUACACCUACAUCGGGUUUUCGUAAAAUAUCAUCCGAAAAAGAAAAUUUUAACCUUAUGACAAGUGUUGGAAACAAUUUAGGUGAAACAUCGAUUAAUAAUUUUAAUUUUCAAAAUUAUCAAGCUCAAAAUCAUCAAUAUCAGCAAGCAUUGAAUCAACAAAAUUGUAAUGUAAAAGUUUCGUCAAUUUUAAAUAAAUUUAAUGAUAACUAUACAGAAAAUGGCGGAAUUCAUAUAAAAACUGGUGGAAAACAUAUCAAAUGGAAUAAUGAUCAAACACAUUACAUUCCAAAUAAGAAAUAUAUGGGUCGGCCAAUUUUAAAAUCCUCGAAUAAAAAUUCUACAUUAUCAGAAUCAAAAUUAAAUAAUUAUCAUCAAUCAAUACUAAAGCAGCCACAGAACUACCAUCAGAAGCGAGGAGAUCAUUAUGGCUUCGAUUAUUUUUUAAAAACCAAAUAUAAUAAUAAUGAUUAUUUUAAUUCCAAAGUUAAUGAGCCAACAAUACCUUUGACUUCUACAUUUCCGGAGGAAAAUUGUUUUCUGAAUCAUAAUAAUAACGACAGACAAUCCGUAUUAUCUCAAAAUGAUAUAGAAAAUAUAAUCGAAGAAUCAAAAACUUACUCAAAAGUUGAGUCUGUAAAAAUUGACGUAAAAGAAACUGAAAAAGAGAAUAUGGAUUCAGCUCAAAAAGACGACAAUAUUAAAGAACAGGAAAAUGAAGAUGAUAAGGAUAAUAAAUCAGAUAAAUUAUCGGAAGCUGAAAAUAUUCCAAACACUGAUCUUGAAAAUAUUCCAAACACUGAAGAUUUAAUACAAAAAAGAAAUGAUCAAGAUGAUAUGAACACUAAAAUCGAUUAAAAAAUAAAAUCUUGUAUUGUAUCUGACAAUGAUUUCUUUUAAAAAUUAAUGUGAAUGUUUUGAAUAAGAUAUAAAAUAAAAAAUUCCUUUGAGAAAAAUUUUAAAAUAUGUAAAAAAAUUCUAAAAAGAAAGAAGCAAUUUUUAGUA